UGCUUUCGUGCCUUUACUGCCCGCUCUUGUUGCUCUUUGUCUUUACUCCCACCUACUGCUCCCGACGCCAUCAUCGAUGAUGCAUCUUUGCAUGGGCCAUCUGUGAUAAGAUGUGCUACACACUCGUAUAAGCCAUCAGAGUGUGAUGCACUACAUCUAUGC